GAAAUUUCUAUGGAUUCCCCAUCUUUUCAGAACACGCGAAUAUCCGAAGUCUCUGGUGGUCUGUCUAAUUGCCCCACUCGUGUGCGAAUGCAAAUGUUGCAACGGGUGGGACGGAGGUGCGAGAAGUUAUAUACCUACUGGAAAAGUGCACUAAUCGUGAAAUGUUUGCCAGGGAAUUGUGGCAGUGGGAGUGCAAGUGUUUUGGAAUAUGGAAGGUUUUCCACGGAGUGGUGAUAUCUCAUCGCCAAUACCAUUCUGUGUGGAGGAGCUGGAUGAAGAGGAACAUCCAUCAGAUGGGUCACAGGAAGGAGUUCCCCUGAACACAAAUCACAAUUCUGCAAACGCAAAAGACGAUAAUACUCCAGAAGAUGAAUCUUUCGAUCUCGACGAACUUCUGCCGUCCAUCUCGGAAUUUGGAAAAUACCAGAAACUUUUGGUAUUUUUCAUCUGUCUCCCAGCAUGCAUUCCAUGUGGCUUUGGUGCUUUCAAUCAACUUUUUAUGGCAGACUCACCAUCGGAUUACUGGUGUACAGUGCCUCAGCUCAUGAACAACACGGAAUUAUCUGCAGUUGAGAGGAGGAAUUUGGCUAUUCCGGUUAAUGCAGAUGGAUCAUACAGCAAGUGUAAGCGCUAUGCAGUGAACUGGACAGAAGUGCUAGGGAAGCAACAUGAAGGCUUAGUGGAUUGGAGCUCAUUUAAUAAUUCAUGGCCAGUGGAAAUGUGUCACGAUGGAUGGGAAUUCAAUGAAACCAAUACACGAUCUUCCAUAGUUCUCGAUUUCAACUUGGUGUGCAAUUGGGACAUUUAUCCUACUCUUGGACUUUCAGCUCUCAAUUUCGGUGGUCCGAUAGGUGUGUACCUCUUUGGUGUCCUCAAUGAUCGUGCUGGAAGGAGAAUAGCAUAUUUUUGUUGUCUGGCAACUCUACUUCUUGGCAGUUUUCUCACAGCUAUUAGCACAGAUUUCUGGACAUGGGCUAUAAGUAGAGCAAUUGUGGGAUUAACAAUUCCAGCUGUCUAUCAAAUCCCUUUUAUUCUGGCACUUGAACUUGUUGGUCCAGCAUAUAGAUCCUUCGUGACUGUGAUGACGUGUACAUUCUACACUUUUAGCUUGAUGAUGCUGGCAGGAAUUACGGCUGUUAUUGAUGACUGGCGUGCACUGUCUCUGUACACAUCCAUGCCAUUUAUUCUCUAUUUUCUGUACGUUUUUCUAAUGCCUGAAUCACCAAGGUGGCUCCUGGCUCAAGGAAGGCUCGAAGAAGCACUUAAAGUCCUAGAAACCAUGGCUAGAGUCAAUGGCAAGGACUUUCCACAUUGGUUUCGGGAUAAAUUGCAACAUAGGGUGGCAUUUAGGAAGCUCCAUGGAGACACGGAAAAGCCUCAAAGGAGAGUUGGGGCAUUUGAUUUGUGCAAAACGCCGAAUAUGCGUCUCAAAACAAUUCUAAUUACACUAAAUUGGUUUGCCAAUGAAACAGUGUAUUUGGGAUUGAGCUACUAUGGACCAGAAUUGGGAGACAAUGCACACUGGAGCUUUUUCUUUGCGGCUUUAGUGGAGAUUCCCAGUUAUAUCCUGUGCUGGGUGAUUAUGGAUAGAUGGGGCCGUCGGUGGCCUCUCUGUCUUUUGAUGAUCCUAAGUGGUAUUAGUUGCAUUGUAACGGUUAUGCUGCCAGAAGAGGCAAAACUGGAUACAUUGAUUCUCUUCUUGCUCUCUAAAUCAAUGAUCUCAGCAUCUUUUCUCAUAAUCUAUCCUUUUGCCGGGGAACUGUAUCCAACUCAAGUUCGUGGUGUGGGAAUUGGUACAUCAAGCUACAUCGGGGGAUUGGGUUUAAUUGGGAUUCCUUUCAUAAACUACCUUGGCAAGGACAAUCUUCGCCUUCCGCUGGUUAUAAUGGGUGCUGUGUCAGUUGUGGGAGGAAUUACAGGACUACGUCUGCCAGAAACUCUUCAUCACUGUCUGCCUCAAACGCUCGAGGAGGGUGAAAAGUUCGGAAAGGACUGGAAGUGGAGUGAAUGCCUCAGAUGUAUUCCCAUCCGUCCGACAAACACCACAAUGGGUUCAUAUGAAAAUUUGGCCAAAAAAGCUAAGCGGGAAGAUGAUGUUGAACUCAAUGUGUCCAAAGGAUCUGGCAAACGGCGCAAUCAAAGGAGUUCAAUGAGACGCCUUGUAAGACAGUCCAGCACAAUGGACACCCAGAAAACUCACGAUGGUGCUAUGCAACUUACUUAUUGGUUCUAAACUGAAGAUUUUUGUCUGUAAGUAGCAUGAAUAAAUGAAUACUUUCGUUUUUUAUA